AUGGAUAACAGGAGUCCGCAUAUGCAGAUCAGACAACAACGAAGUCAGAAAUUCAACCUAUAUCCAACAAGACCUCGGACUUCAUCUAAAGCUUCCGAGUUAUCUGUUAAUACUUCUAGGUCUGGAAAUCGCCCAUUUCCAUUUCCACCCAAGUCACCAACACCAUCCGCCCGAGAACAUUAUUUGCCUAUCAACCCCCUCGCUCAAAAUCCUCCUGUUCCGCAACAAAGACCCUCAACAUCGCAUCAUUCAGUAUCUAAUGAACCCUCCCGAUCUUUAACUGCUCCACCGCAACAGAAGCUUCGACGAAAACCUUCAGAGGCUUCACGGUUGAGACAACUUAGUAACGUGCGAUCGCAUUCUUCCACUGGCAGACGUACCCCGGAAAAGGUAGUAGACAAUUUCUCUAGACCACGACAGGCCAGUCUGCGGAAACGAAACGAGUCUCCUAGCCCUUUGAUUAAUGCCUCGACAUUUCAUGUAGAACCAUCACAAGAUGAGGAAACCAUAAACAAUGGAUCAGUUUUCAGUACAAGAGAUAGAGGAUUUUCAUCAUCUUCUUCACAAUCAGGCCAACAAUUGCCUCCGCCUGCACCCGCACCUAGCCUGCGACCUUCUGCGUCAAUCCCGGACUAUCAUACUGUAGAUCUAAAUAAUGCGAGACAGCGCAAUAUCCCACAGGCAAAUUUUAGGCCAAGAACAGGAAUCAAUAGACCCGACAGUAAUAACUCAUCCAUAUAUCGACGAGAGCCCCCGAUUCGACCAACAAACUUUGAUGACGAGGAAGUUCGAGCAAGCUUCAGAUCUGCUUUGACUACAAACUCGAGUUAUUUUGGAACAAGUGGGACAGAGAGGAGCAGUGUAUUGACGAAAAGUAGUUCACAUACUUCUUUCUUUGGUGGUAAAGACGAAGGAAUGAGUGUGGAUGAUGCAAUUGGCAUGUAUGAAGGUGGCUUUCUGGACUCGGGGGUCGAAGAUAAUGAUUUGGAGGAGAAGCUCCUGGAAAUUGGUGCGGAAAUCAGGCCCAGAUCUGUAUAUCGACAGGAGUUCUUUGAUGAAGACGACGAGUUUCGACCAAUGACCCCAGAUUCGGAGGGACGGCAAUCGAAGUUGGAAGAGGCAAUGGAUGAUUCUCUUGCUCCUCCUCCAACUCUCGACGCGUCGCAAUUUUCAAUUAGAGGUUCCACGGAGAUAUUCCACGGCAAAGCUUUUGAGGCACAAAGUGCCGCAGUUGCCCCUAAUCUUACUUCAAGUGAUUUUUCGGGGUCGAAAGAAUUUGAUGGUGCAGGAGCGUCUCAUGAAACUCGGGACGAAUACUUCGAACCGCACGCAGUAGUGCCACCGCCACCAACGACAAUUGCAUCAGACCCGGCUAGAGACAGGUAUGGGUUUAAGAAAAAGACACAAUACGUUUCUUUGGAAGAAUAUGAAGCUUGGAGUGGGCCUUAUAAUGAAUACGUUGAGCGAAGGAGAAAGAAAUGGGUGUUAUUACUCAAGGAUCACAGUCUGAUUACCGACAAGCCAAUUCGAUUUCCACCAAAAUCAGCAAAAGUCAAACGUUUCGUCCGCAAAGGGAUACCGCCUGAUUGGCGCGGCGAAGCCUGGUUUUGGUAUGCAGGUGGUCCGGCUAUGGUCGCUAAGCACUAUGGAGUGUAUGAUAGCUUGGUGAAGCAAGCGGCUGCAGGGGCGGUUAAUGAGACGGACGACGAGAUUAUUGAGCGGGAUCUCAAUCGCACGUUCCCGGAUAAUAUCAGAUUCAAGCCGGAUCCUCCGCCUACUUCAGAAAAACGGAAUAGCCAACCGAGUAUAAAAGAGCCAGAAACCCCAAUGUUGAAGUCGUUGCGGAGGGUAUUGCAAGCUUUCAGUAUCUAUAACCCUAAAAUAGGGUAUUGUCAGAGUUUGAACUUUUUGGCGGGUUUGUUGUUGCUAUUUAUGGAUGAAGAAAAGAGUUUUUGGAUGUUGAAUAUCAUCACGAGAGUUUAUUUGCCAGGAACUCACGAGGUUAAUCUAGAAGGCGCAAAUGUUGACUUAGGAGUCUUGAUGACAAGUAUCAAAGAAUCAAUGCCGGCUAUCUGGGCAAAGAUUGGAGGAGAACUUGACGGUACGGCAGGAGAUGGCAGGCUUUCCAUGCGUCUUCCACCCAUUACAUUAUGUACCACAGCUUGGUUUAUGUCAUGCUUUAUUGGCACUCUUCCAAUCGAAACUACCCUUCGCGUCUGGGACAGCUUUUUCUUUGAAGGAUCAAAGACCCUUUUCCGCAUCGCAUUAGCAAUUUUUAAGGUAGGAGAACAGGAAAUCAGGGCUGUUUCCGAUCCAAUGGAAAUUUUUCAAGUCGUACAAACCAUUCCUCGAAGACUUGUCGAUGCCAAUGGACUUAUGGACGCAUGCUUCCGACGAAGAAAUGGUUUCGGACAUAUCAGCCAGGAGACCAUUGAGGCACGAAGAGCAGAACGCAGGAAAGGCUACGCGGAAGAAAGAGCAAUUGCAAAUGGGGAAAUACCACCCAAGAGAGGUGGAACCUUCUUUUCCAAGAAGAAAACCAAGAGUGCAGAGAAUUAA